AUGGACCCUAUCAAAUAUAUUUCUGAAAAUCCAACAGUAACUGGAAGAAUAGCCUGGUGGCAGAUGUUAUUGACUGAGUACGACAUCCAAUAUGUCACACAAAAAUCUAUCAAAGGGAGUGUGUUAGAAGAUUAUCUCGCUCACCAUCCAAUGGAAGAUUAUCAACCUAUAUGGUUUGACUUCCCAAACGAAGAUAUUAUGGUGAUCAAGGAUUGUGAGACCUCAAGUCCAAACGAAGAACCUAAACCAGGAUCACCAUUAAAACUUAUAUUUGAUGAUGCCUUAAACGCAGAAGGACAUGGAAUCGGGGCUGUCAUAACUUCUCCAACAGGUUACCAUAUUCCAUUCACAACUAGGUUAUGUUUCACGUGCACUAAUAACAUGGCAGAGUAUGAAGCAUGUAUCAAAGGACUCGACAAAACCAUUGAUUUAAGGAUCAAGAUCUUAGAAGUUUAUGGAGAUUCUGCUAUCAUUAUAAAUCAAAUCAAAUGGGAAUGA